AUGCCCCGAAGCUCGCGUGACGAUCGCGCGGACCCUUACGCUGCUCUCAGAGGGCCAUCACUAACUGCUGGGAAAGGAGCAGACCCGUUGCCCACAGGGUCCUGGCGUCAUAACAAGGAGGGAAAAGACCCGCCUGCGAAGCCUGUCGAGCCUCGGGGUUCACCGGAUCCUGACAAAGGUGACUUCAAGCCCAAACGAUACGGUGACGCAACGGCCGCAGCAGCAAACGACGGUGUGGCAUGUGGGAUGUGGGCAAAUGCAUUGAGUGAGUGUGGCGGAGUUAUGGCUGGGUCUCCGUACGAUGAACGUGACGCAAGGGGCGACGACUACAUCUUGAAAAGGGAUGCACACACGAACGAGGGGAGGGGUGAGAACAUAUGCACGCCCGGUGCAUCAGGUCGUCUCAAUCCGGCUCGCCCCAAGAUGGUGGAAGAGCUCACGCGAGAGCUAGAGCUAGCAAACAGCGAACUAGCAGCCCUCAAGGCAAAACCAGUUUGCCAUGGCGUCAAAAACCACGGUCCUCCCUCCCGGGUUCCUCCGGGGGCAUCUAUGUGGAGUGACCCAUCAUCUGGGGGCCUCAGUCCCGGGGUAGCUGAGGAGAGCACACCGACAGAGGGCCAGCCCAUUCGGCGCAGGCAUGGAAUGCCCAGCCUCGAGAAAUUGAGGGAUGAUAAUGAGGAGGAAGAGGAGGAAGAGGAGGAAGAGGAGGAAGAGGAGGAAGAGGAGGAAGAGGAGGAGGAGGAGGAAGAGGAGGAUGAGGAGGAGGAGGAAGAGGAGGAGGAGGAUGAUGAGCAGGGGGGGAAGGGGUGGAGAGAGAGCAGAAGGCACAAGAGAGGCAAAAGGAUAGGAGGCAGGGGGGGAAAGUGA